CGCCGUUCUUCCAAGCGCCCCAGGCAACGUUGACAACAAUCCUGAUAUCAAACCCUGUCGCUUUCAGUUGUAGUUACUGUAACUACGAUGUCUUCAACAAUCCAAAUUGAGUUCGGGGGUCACAAGAUAGAUGUACCAAAAGGUGGCUACUAUGAUCGUUACCGUAUGAAUCCAAUUUUGGAUGAGGUGGCGCGCGAUCCUUCUGUCGGACCUGACAUUGAAUUCUUCCGAAAGAUCCCAAAGAGGCUGGUUAAUUCAAGAGUUGGUGAGACGUUCGCCCCAAACUUCUAUUAUCGGACAAGGAGCAUCCAACUCGUCUUUCUGGCGCCCCUCGGGCCCUUAAAAUCCAAGCUUCCAUCGCCCUUAGAACCCAUUUCACCGUUUCCAGGUUAUGGCCUGGUUGCGUUAACAUUCUACUCAUAUCUUGUCUGCGAUAAUGACCCUUACAAUGAGGUGUCUCUUGCCAUCAUCGUUCGUCAGCCGGGCCGAAACAGUUAUAGCAUGACGCAAUUGCUCACUUCUAUAUGGAAUCGAACCUUUUAUGGAUACGUGUUGGCUCUACCAGUCGAUACCGAGAUUGCUCGAGUUCGAGGUGUGACCCUGUAUCAACUCCCCAAAUGGCUUACGAAAAUCAACUUCGAGAUGGAUGACCACCAAAUCAAGGCAGGAAUCAGUGGGACGGGUGGAAGCAUGGAUUUGACACUCGAAGUACCCCUUCCGACACUGAAAACCAUACCAUCGCAAUCUUCCAUCGGUAUUAAUAAUGCGAUUAAUAAAAUCGAUGGAAAAUGGCACCAGGUGACUGUGCAGAUGAAUCCACUCCUAGCGGCGCAGUGUUUAUUACCCAGGAACGUCGGCCUCACACGAGGGGAGGGUCCGUUGAGUAAGCUCCUGAAUGAACUUCAAGUUUCGACUAUAUUACGCAUGGACAUCCUCAAAGAUGCGCAAAUGGCUUUGAACAUGCCCACGAAAUUGGAAAAUUUACAAUAA